CUGUCAACAAUUGCAGCAUAAAAAUUCAAAGGUACCGGCCCAAAUGUCUGGAUGAAUAGUACAAAUGGAUGAAAAUGCCGCCGUCGCUGUCACAUUUGUUGUCGUCGCCGCCAUUUUAUCAUCACUUUUAUCGAGCACAAACGCAGCAGUACAAAACAUUAAGCCCAAAAAAUCAGUCAAUAAAGCAAAAACUGCUGACACAAAGGUCGAAACUAAAAGCCAUCAACAGCAAGACAAUAGAGCACCAACUAGAAUUCAAAGCCGCUCAAAUAGUCAAAAUAUACUUACUAGAUAUUCAAAAAUAUAUAAUAGCAGUAAUAGAAAAGAAGUUACCAAGGCCAUUGAAAAAAGUGGCUGUAAUUUCUGUGGUCAGCAAGAAGAAUUGCUUCCAAAAUUCUUAUUCUUCGUAUAUUGCAUCAAUAAAAAUAUCAGGAAUCAAUGUGAAUUAUCCAAUAUGAUAUCGAGCAGUUGAGAGAAUUGUCAGCUGUUAUACUAAAAACAACAAAGAAGUGAAAAGGAUUAUAAGAGAUAAACUAAAAAAAUUAAGCCUCAAAAAAGAAGCAGCAGAAAAAUUGUUAUAAGAUUACAAAACACUUUUCAUUUCGCGUAUCGUCGAUAUCUUCGUUAUAUUGGUCUGCUGCCAAUUGCGAUUCAGCGAUACGCCCCAUAAACGAAAGUAUCCUUAUAGAAUGCGCAAAAUGGCGGAUGGUGGACAUACAUUCGUAAAGAAGACCUUUGGAAAGCCAACGUAUUGUCAUCAUUGUUCAGAUUUGAUUUGGGGUAUUAUUCAGAUCGGUUAUAUAUGUGAAGUGUGUAAUUUCGUCAUACACGAUCGUUGUGUUUCAAAUGUUGUUACUCCAUGCUCUGGCAUUGCUCCAUGUAUUAUAAAGAAUCCCGUCGCGCAUUGCUGGUCGGAGCCAACUCAUCAUAAAAAGAAAUUCUGUACCGUUUGCCGUAGACGAUUAGAUGAUAGUCCAGCAGUACAUUGUUUAAUUUGCGAAUAUUUCGCACACAUUGAGUGCCAAGAUUUUGCUGUGCCUGAUUGUACUGAAAAUGCGACGUAUGUGCCCGGCAAAGAAUUGCAGAGUGUGAAACAUCAGCAUCAUUGGAGGGAAGGUAAUCUACCCCCCACGUCUAAGUGCGCCUACUGUAAAAAGACAUGUUGGUCAUCAGAAUGCCUCACAGGCUAUCGCUGCGAAUGGUGCGGUAUGACAACGCAUGGGGGAUGCCGCACGUACCUGACAACCGAAUGUAAUUUUGGUGUACUUCAGCCUAUCUAUUUACCUCCACAUUCGGUCUCGAUUCCGCGCACCGAGGUGCCCAUAGAAGCUAUUAUUGGCGUACAAGUUAAAUCGAAAACCACAUUAGUACGAGAUUACUCGUGCCCUGAUUUGGGGACAAUAGAGUGCCCAGAAAAUACUACUUCCGUAAAUUUCAUUACUCCGAAUAAAGGCUUUAUAACAGAUGCAAUCAACGAAAUAAACAAAGUCCCCGAACCAAGCUUAAAAGAGAUUCUGUUUAUUGAAAGACAACGUCGCAAGAAAUCAAAGGAAAAUUUUCUACUAUCAUCAUCCACAUCAUCAAUAUCCACCAGCUUCACACCAACGCCAUCUUUACCUUUACUUACACUCCCAGUAGUUGAGAAAACUCCUACUUAUUCUGAGCUCAAAGAAAAAGAACAAUGCAAGUUUAUCAACAUACCUGUAUAUUUAAGUGACGAUAACGCUGUAAAGACUGUCAGCGGAACACCACCGAAUCAAAAUGUGACUUGCAAUAUACAAAAGUCUUCAUCUACAUCCUCUUCCCUGCAUCUAUUAUAUACGAAUUUGUUGCGUCGCAUGCAUCCAAUCUCGCGAAAACACCUAUCAUCCAAUACAGAAGACGAGGAUAUCGAUUUUUGCGAUGUAAAUGGUAGUGAAGUGAAUGAAGAUUAUCAUAACAUUAAAGUUAAACAACUAGACUCUAGAGAACAUAGAAUCGUAACGAAAACGUUACGACAACAAUGUCAAAGUCUCUAUGAAACUACCGAUACGGAGGGUGUUUUGACAACUGUGGAUAACAUUGGUUUUGACUCUAACAUAAAUCAGAUUAGUAAUUUAAGCUUUAAUAGAGGUAAUAAUAAAACAUCGUUAGAAAGUCAUUAUAAUUUAGAUGAAAAACUGGAAAAUGCUCAAAACGUAAUAAUAACAGCAUGUGCACUCAAAGCGUGUCAAACAAUCAACGCACCUAUACUAGUUACGCAAACGCUUAUGGCUCCAAAAGAUGGCAACAGCAACGCACAUGAACAAUUUUCUAAGACUGGCGCUUUAAUAAAAGCGAAAACGUACAACCUCAGCCCGUUUAAGGGUGUCCCGAACAAAGGCGGCUCUUUGAGUUGCUCGCCUAAUUCCAGUGAUUGCUCGUCGCAUUCGCCUGUGCCAGAGAAUCCUUUAAAAAUGUAUCUUUCGGCAGUGAACCGUAGUAAAUCAUUCCAAGAACCUGGAGUCCAACAGUAUACACGUAAAAAAGACUACACGCGACUCUUUCGACGUCGCUCAAAAAAACGUAAUAAAGAUUCAGUUCUCAUAGGCACUAAAACAUCGAAAAGUGCCUUCAGUUUAGAUACCACAGGACAAAGUAUAGAAAUUACCAUACAAGAUGAAGAUGGUAAUUAUCAACCGUACGAUGAUGACUAUUUGACUUUAAAAGAUGUGCGCAGUGGACUUAGCCGUAGCGGCUACACCGACGAUGAUGAAGAUUAUGAGGACGGGUAUGACUUGAGACGGCACGUGAAAGCAGAAUAUCAAACGCCAGUGUAUAGUAGUGAAGCCAGCAGUCCUACAAAUUUUCACAUGUAUUUAGAUGAUCAGCCGCACAGUUUUACGAGUGAUGACGCCACAGCAGGCGAUAUAAGUGAUGGUGGUAGUAGUCGCAGUCGAUCACGCGUUAGUGACAAUGAAGAACACGUAUUCGGACGGUUGCUACGGCGAAUGCAGUGCCUAUCGCUUGGGUGGCGGAAACAUCGUUACUACAAACGCAGAGCACGAAGUAUAUCUGAAGAGUUUAGUAGUGGAGACACGCCACGUUUCAAAGAUGAAGAACCGGGUAUUAAAACUGAUACAAUGCACGCUAGUGCCGUUAGUGGCGGAAGUGGUACGUCAUCACAUUAUCGCCCAGAAUCCUCUCACAAAUCGGAAAAAUCAGACAAAGAUAAAACCAAAAAGGAAAAAGAAAGCGAGGAAAAGGACAUUGAAAUGAUCAAAGUUUUCGACGGUAACAACUCAUUUAGACGGCAACUAUACCGGGUAAUUAGUGUACCGCGGACGUAUACCUUAGAACAAUUGCUAACUACAGCAUUGCGAGCAUUUCAUAUAACUAGAGAACCCAGCGCAUUUUACAUGACUGACUUGUAUGCUGCGUCUGGUAUGGAGGAUGUUCCAUUGCAAGAUCCAACACCCGUAAUGAACUUGACGCAUUUGGAAGGAAAGAGACCAGCAAUAUAUCUAAGGUUUCACGAUAAGGACAAAGGAUAUGUACGCGUUUAUCCGGGUAAACUUCAAUGCUCUUUAGAAGAGCCAUAUGUUAAUGUUCCUGUUGAAAAUACAACCAUUAUUAAGGAUUUGAUUCGCGAUGCUUUGGAUAGAUUUGGUUUACAAGAUAACCAAAUCCAAGAUUACAGAUGCUCUGAGGUAUUACUAGACCGUGGGGUUACCGAAAGGAUAUUAUCAUGGAAUGAGCGGCCAUGGGAUAUAAUGAAGCAAUUGGGUAAGGAUUCCAUCAGACAAAUGGAACUAAUGCGAUUUUAUAUGCAACAUAAGCAAGAUCCGCAUGGACCAAAUAUCGCGUUAUUCGUUGGAAAUUUACCACCAGGCUUAUCGCAACGCAAUUACGAACAAAUUUUGAAUAAGUAUGUUACAGAUGAAAAUAAAUUUACUAGUAUUGGACCUAUCUACUAUGAAUAUGGCUCAGUGGUACUAUCAUUUGAAGACGCUCAAAAGGCGGUUCGAGCUUUCUAUAACUUACGUGAAACUAUUAUAGAAGAUAAGAAGCUUUUAGUCAUGCUCCUGCCAAAUAUAGAACCGAGCAUGGUUCCAUCAGAUGUGCGACCACUACUUGUAUUUGUUAAUGUUAAAUCAGGCGGUUGUCAAGGCCUUGAACUAAUAUCAAGUUUUAGGAAGCUUCUGAACCCAUAUCAAGUAUUCGACUUGGAUAACGGAGGGCCAUUGCCGGGGUGAGAAAUACGUAUGAUUUUAAUGCUCUCAUUUAAAUCUCAUUUUAUUUAUAAUAGAUUGUAUGUAUUUCGGCAAAUUGUUAACUACAAAAUACUGGUAUGCGGCGGUGAUGGCACUAUCGGCUGGGUAUUACAAUGCUUGGACAACGUGGGACAGGAUUCCGAAUGCUCAAGUCCACCUUGUGCCAUAGUUCCUUUGGGCACUGGAAAUGAUUUGGCCCGGGUACUUUGUUGGGGUUCUGGCUAUACAGGAGGCGAAGAUCCUCUAAAUUUACUCCGUGACGUUAUCGAAGCUGAAGAGAUACGCCUGGAUCGUUGGACGGUUGUAUUUCAUCCGGAAGACAAGCCGGAAGAGUCUGCAUUAAAGGCGCCCUCAAAUACAACGGGUAAGAAGAAGAAGGCUCACCAAGCACAUCUAUCGCAACAAACAAAUCAGCACCAUCAAUUACCGGCCAUAACAUCGACUGAAAUAUCAGGUGGUGGCGCCCAAAAUGAAGACAACUCACAAAUAUUCGUUAUGAAUAAUUAUUUCGGCAUUGGCAUUGAUGCCGAUCUUUGUCUCGAUUUUCACAAUGCACGCGAAGAAAAUCCGAACAAAUUUAAUUCUCGAUUACACAAUAAAGGUUAUUAUGUUAAGAUGGGCUUGCGAAAAAUUGUUGGCCGUAAAACCGUUAAAGAUCUUCAUAAAGAAUUAAAAUUGGAAGUUGAUGGCAAAGUAGUUGAUUUGCCACCUGUUGAGGGGAUUAUUAUAUUGAAUAUUUUGAGCUGGGGUAGCGGCGCAAACCCAUGGGGACCAGAUAAGGACGAUAACUUUUCCACACCCAACCAUUACGAUGGAGUGUUGGAGAUUGUUGGUGUUACAGGCGUUGUACACUUAGGGCAAAUACAAUCCGGUAUACGGACGGCAAUGAGAAUCGCACAGGGAGGUCAUAUAAAAAUUCAUUUAUACUCGGAUAUGCCAGUACAAGUCGAUGGAGAGCCUUGGGUGCAAAGCCCUGGCGAUGUUGUUGUUUUAAAGUCGGCUCUAAAAGCCACAAUGUUGAAGAAAAACAAAAGUAAAAUGAAGCGACGCAACACAGAGCCUACAAUGACACUUACCGGUACAGCAGCACCACAUCUCUCACUAAUGCCAGUAACCGUAAUGGCGACGGCCAGCGACAGUGGCACCGGCGAUACAGAUGCUGAGAAUACACCGAACAAUACCGAUUUCUGAAUAUGGUACAGUGAGCGAUUAAUUUAACGUACUAACUAAUGUGAUUUUUUGUUUUUUUUUUUUGUAAUUUUCUAAUGUGCUUGAAACAUAUACAUACAUAUAUGUAUUAUAACUUAUUUGGGUUUCAUACAAAUAUCAAUGCAUAAUAAGGACAAACAUUCCAAAUUUAAAUUUAUACUCUUUGUACUUCCAUAUUAAUUUCAUUAAACUUUUUUUUCGUCUAUUGACUUAGAAAAAAAUAUAUGAACAUACAUAUAUGGAUAAAAGCUCACAUACCUCCUACACCUUAGUUAAGUUAUAUAUGUAGUUCAUACAUACACACAUAAGAUCGUUUAUAAAAGAUACCUGUUGGAACCUAACCGAAAGUUACUGGAUUGUGAACCAUGCAUAUAUGUACAUAUGUAUGCAUGUAUACACAUAUUAAAACAUACAUACAUAUGUGGCAUGGGUAUGUGCGUAAUGUAUUUCAGCCUAUGUGGUAAAACAAAAAGUAAAGUAAGCUCUCAACUUGUUUUGGAGUACAAAGUGGUUAUUUUAAAGCAUCAUAUUCAAAAUAAUAAAAAUUCCGUUAGAAAUCUUUAUAAUAUGACUAAUAGUACGUUAAAUGGAAGUCGCUCUCUGAUUUGCAAUUUAUCUUACUUGCUUCAAAUAUUAUAAAGAGCCACCAGUUUCUACUACAAUAUAUUGUGUAAAUUAUUAAAAUAAAUAAGAAAAUAUUUUAUUUUUCAUUAAAAACUGAAUGCACAACAUUUAUUAUACGAAAACUCUUAUGUAAGCACAAUAUCACCAAGAAAAAAUAUAGAAAAAGUUCAUUGCACAUUAAUAUACUAAAUAUUUUUUAGUACAUUUGAAAUAUAAUUUCGGCAUAUUUUGACAUUACUGAUGUGCAUAUGUUUUUCCGCCCAGAUAAUCCAAUUUCAAAAAUGAUUUCUUAUAUUAUAUUAUAUACAUAUACAUAAAUACAUAAUGUAUGUAUGUAGUUUGGUUUAGUUUAUGCAAUAAAUUUACUUCAUACGCGAUAUUUUAGAAAUUUGUAAAUAUCAAACACUAAAUUAUGUGAUUUACUCAAGUCAGACGAAUAUAACUUACAUACUUACGUAUGUACAUAUUAAAAAUAGUCUCAAAUACGUGCAUUCGUAAAAACAAAGAUUAUAUGAAAUAAGGAAUGCUUUGAAUACACACAUACAUAUGUAAAUGCAAACUUUCAUUUUUUUGCGAUACUUAUAGACGUUGUUUGAUAUUUUCAUAUACAGAUUCAUAUUCACGUAAAAUGAAAACAACCUAGAUAAAUAAAUUUCAAAUUUUGUUGCCUGAGAGUCACGGAAAUCAGACAACAUCAUUUCAGCAUUCAUAUUCACACUCCUAAAAAAUAAUACCGAUAUGCAUAUAUAAAGUUUAUUAUUAAAAGCUACAUAAACAUUAAUGUACACUAAACAUCUAAGCAAAUGUUAAAAAGGUAGAUAUACAUAUAUAGAUAUAUAGUAGUGAAUAAGCAGACAUUGUGAUAAAUCGCCUCCACCUGCUAUGAUUAGGGGCUCAGUAAAUGUGGUGAAAUCAGCCGCUCAUUAAAAUUCCGUGAACAUUGGUCACAACACACUAUAGACAAAGUCGAUAUUUCAAUAUUUCUUGCAAUUUUAACGAACAACAGAAAAUAUAUGCAAUGGAAUUAUUUACAUAUAUUAUUAAUAUUACGAACAAAGCGCACUGAUAAAUUGGUCAAUAAGUAAUAAAAUUGCGAGAUAUGUUGAUAAGUGUAUUAUAACCAACAAUUCGAUUAACCGCAUUCACAAAAAAUCUGCAGCUGUUUGGCGAUUUUGAAACAAAAAUUUAAUUAAUCGAUUUGGUUUUUUAUUUAAAAAAAUGCGUAGUCUAAGUAAAAUAAAAAAAAACUCUUCUACUUUAAGAAACUCAAGAAACAGAAAUAACUAACAGUUCAAUAAAUACUUUCAAUAUAUGCAAAUAUUUAAAGAAAUCCAAAACAUAAUUACCAACAAAAUUUGACCUACUUACUAAAAACGAAAACUUAAAAAUUAAAAAUUGGUGUAGUGUGUAGUAUUAAGACAUAUAACCAAUUAUGGUAGAACACAUUAUUAACUUAAACCAUAAAUUGACAAAUGGAAAAUCUAUUUGUAUAUAAGUACAUAUGAAUGAGUAAUACAUAUAAUUUGAAAUUAAUGACGCCGUUACACAAUAAUAAGUUAUUUCCUUUUUUUAUUUCUCAUGAAGUCCUUCACAAAAAUGCAUUAUUUUAAUUAUUUUCGAAUUAACUAACUAAAAACAGCUUCGAGUUUAUAGGAACUUAAAAUUAUUAACUUUUCUGUUGAAUAGCCAAUCAAUCGCUUGGAAUAAACAUGCAUAUGUUUAUAAGUGUUAGAACGUCCAUACAUAUGUAUGUAAAUACACUAUAUUUGAAAGUGUUCACUGUCAAAGAGUUCAUUGUUACAUCCAUAUGUAUGUACAUGUCUACAUGCAGAAUAUGUACUAUAAAUACUGAUAGAAUGUUUAAUGACAACAAAAUAAUAUAAAUGAACAAAGGUAUUUGCAAUGCUGCUUACGUAUAUAUGUAUGUAUUAAUUAUGAGAAUGUCAGAAAUCAUUAAAUGAACAUCAACUUUAUUUACCGAACCAAAAAAACUUAUUUGAGGUACUAAAUCCUAAAACUAUCUGAUCCGUUAUUAACAAAUGUAUUAUGGAUUACAUAAACAUAUUGCUAAAGUAGAAAGUAUUUGCUUUGAUAUUGAUAAUACGUUUUAUAUGAGUUUUUGCGUCAAAAUGUUUUACAAUUGAUCACAGACUUUUACCACAAUAAUUAAUUGCAUAAAAUGCAUAUGUAUGUAUAUGAGUAUGUAUGUCAAAUACUUGAACAUGCAUACGUACAUACUUAUACAUAUAAUACAUAUUUACUUAUGUGUAAAGCAACAUUGAUGGAACUUGAAACACCAUUAAAAUACUACAUGACAUCCUAAAAGUUAUUGAAAGAUGCGAAUUUGCAAAUAGAAAAACAUAAAAUCAUAAAACUGCAAAAUAAAUGUAACUAAUGACAGAACAAAUAAAGCUUAAUGGAAUUUCA